AUGAGCUCUAACCAUCAACUGCUAUCUGAUUCAAAUGAGACACAGGGUGCCGAAAGCGCCCACACCGGUGAACACCAUGCAAACGUCACAAAGAAUGACCUGUCACAUGAUAUUCAAUAUUCUCCUUCAGAGGAGGAAACAAUCUUACAACAACCAAGACAUGUCUUGCAGUCAUCUAAUAAUGGGUCUCAGUUGAGUUUGGGCUCGCCCAUGCAGGAUCGAAUGGCCCAAUUUGAAACUGACGAAAUAUCAAGUGAGAAUGGUCCAUCACAAGAACCAUUACAUAACGAAAACGGAAUUGCUGAUGAAUCUGAAUUGAGAAGCUCAGUACACGAGGGACAUCAACUGACGGAGGAAGAACACGAGUACGACAGUACCGGUGUGAGUCAAAUGCAAGGUAUGCCUCUUCGAGUGCCCGGUACGUUUGAUGUUAGCGGAUUAAAAGGGGAAAAUGACAAGGAAGAAGAGUAUAAACAAUUACGCGAAACAAUAAAUAAAAGUGAAAGCAAAGACUCAAUCGGACAGGGAAUAUUUGAAGGUAUUAGCCAAAGAGACACAAAUUCCAAUCUUGCCUUGAACGAAUCUGCAGAUGCAAUAACAGAGGAAGGUGAGAGUGAGCAUAACAAUGCGGUGCAAAUAGGUGACGUUACGACAGAACAAGUUGAAGACGAGAAAGAGAUCUCACCCGAUGAUUCUGCUUUUCUGACCGCUUCUUAUUACAAGUUGCAAAGAGAAGAGGAUCCAUUACAUAGUGACAAUGCACAGCAAACUGAAACAAGCACUCCUGAAGUGGACACACAACUGCAAACUUAUAAACCAACCUUGGACCCAGGCAAACCCACACGUUUUGCACAACCGCCAUCGAUCGAUAUUAACCAGUAUUUGAACCAAAGCGAUGAAGAUGACUCGUCAAGUAAUCUAGUGUACUCGCCAAAUUUAAAGAAUGAGCUAGAUAGAAUACCCACGAUUGAAAACGAAAACAUCGACGAUAUCCCCCCAAUGAACCCACUACGUUACCAGCACCAGUUCAAUCAAACCCCAUCCAUGGAACCAGAGAAACCAGUAGAUCAAAAUAGGAAUGUGUCUUCUAUGGAACCAGAGAAACCGGCAGAUCAAAGUAGGAAUGUGUCAUCCACAUCAACUGUUGUAAGAACACCAAAAGAGGAUACAGGCGUCAAAGCUGCCAGGGGUAAUCAGUCCACAGUGCACAAUCAAACUGCUGCAAUCACACCAGUGCCGCCAAGCGCAACAAAGUUCCCUUCGUAUCUGAAUGCAUCAACUACAUCAACUUUGGUAAAUUCUUCAAAUGGUACUUUCCCAACAACCAAUCUAUCAAUGGGCCUCAACAAGCAAUCCCCAAAGACUGAAAAGAAAAAGAAUAAAAUGAGGGAAGUGUUUUCAUCAAUGUUUGGCAAGAGCAAAACGUCGGUUGCACCUGCGCCUCCUUCGCCAGAACUCAAUAUGAAGAUAAGUACUCCCUUCAAUGCAAAACAUGUAGCCCACGUCGGUGUUGAUGAUGAUGGAUCAUACACUGGUUUACCAGUUGAAUGGGAAAGGUUACUUGCUGCUAGUGGUAUCACCAAGAAGGAGCAAGAACAACACCCUCAAGCUAUGAUGGAUAUAGUGGCAUUUUAUCAAGACUCAAAUGAGAACCCGGAUGAUCACGCUUUUCAAAAGUUUGGAGUCAAUAAAAACAAAAGUGAUUCCAGCGGAUCUGAAAACUUUGAAAACACACCACCGGCAACCCCUAGUACUGAGUCCAGGAGUCCACAAAGGGUGUCCACGACGUCACUAGAUAAAGAGAAUUAUCUGGAUACCCCAAAGCAAGGACGGGUUUCUCCAAACAAAGCUCAAUCGCAAACACUGCAACAAGCCACACCAAACAUUCAUCAAGAGACGCAAUUUAUUCCUAGCAGACCUGCUCCAAAGCCACCGUCAACUCCUGGAUCAGCGCAGAAUGUGAACAGAACACCCACUUCGCAGAAACAAGGAUUGGACCAUACUCCAAGACAGCCACGUACAUCACCACCGAAUCAAACAAAUUCACCGGGUUAUUUGGAAAAAAAGACGCUAUCACAAAAAUCUGUCAAGUCAUUAAGAGCUCAAACUAAUGGUGGCAUUGACAAAUUCAGCAAUAUACCUGCCCCACCUCCACCACCAUCAAACAUUCCCAAGUCAAAAUCGCAUUCUGCUUCUUUGUCCAAUCGAAUCAAGCCUGCAACUACUGGUUCUACUACGGCACCAAUUGCGCCCACACCACAGUUUGAUGAUUUGAAUGUGCCAAAGCAACGAAAGAAUGAGUUUACUUCUCAUCGAGCUCCACCCCCACCGCCUGUACCUGUGCAUCAAUCGAUCCCUCCUCGUAGUGACCCACAACAGGCACUUGCCAAUGCAACAGCACCAACAACGUCAUCAUCACAGAAGGAGGGACAACAAAGCAAAUUUCAAGAGGCACAAAAAAGGUUGAGAGAGCAAAAGGCAAGGGAAAUUGAAGAGAUUCAAAAAAGACAACAAGCUAAAAAGUUGGAGCAACAAAACCAGGAGCAGUUGGAUAAGUCCACUUCACAACUGAACAUUGAUCCUAAUAGUGCUGCUCCAGCAUUGAAAAAGUCGUCUGGAGGAACUGUGCGUGAUGCCAAACAAGCUGCUCUUAUAGCACAGAAGAAGCGUGAAGAAAAGAAGCGUAAAAACCUACAAAUUAUUACCAAGCUUCAAAGCAUAUGUACUCAAGGUGACCCAAAGGAGUUGUAUGUUGACUUGAUCAAGAUUGGACAAGGUGCCUCUGGCGGUGUUUACAUUGCCCACGAUGUAGCCAAGGGGAACCAAACAGUCGCAAUUAAACAAAUGAACCUCGAGCAACAACCAAAGAAGGAGUUGAUUAUCAAUGAGAUCUUGGUUAUGAAAGGUAGCAAACAUCCAAACAUUGUCAACUAUAUUGAUUCAUACCUAGUCAAGGGAGAUUUAUGGGUCAUUAUGGAAUAUAUGGAGGGUGGUUCAUUGACUGAAAUUGUUACCCACAGUGUCAUGACGGAGGGCCAAAUUGGUGCAGUAUGUCGUGAAACAUUGAAAGGUUUAAAGUUUUUACAUUCAAAGGGUGUCAUUCACCGUGAUAUUAAAUCGGAUAACAUAUUGCUUGACAUCAAUGGUAACAUCAAAAUGACUGAUUUUGGCUUUUGUGCGCAAAUAAAUGAACUCAACUUGAAAAGGACAACAAUGGUGGGAACUCCAUACUGGAUGGCGCCUGAAGUGGUUUCGAGAAAGGAGUAUGGACCAAAAGUGGAUAUAUGGUCAUUAGGUAUAAUGGUGAUUGAAAUGAUUGAAGGAGAGCCACCAUAUUUGAAUGAAACUCCACUUCGUGCAUUGUACCUCAUUGCAACGAAUGGAACCCCAUCAUUGAAGGAACCAGAGGCAUUGAGUUACGAUAUUCGUAGAUUUUUGUCGUGGUGUUUGCAAGUUGAUUUCAAUAAGCGUGCUACUGCGGACGAUUUAUUGCAUGACAAAUUUAUAUUGGAGAGUGAUGACGUGGAAAGUUUGAGUCCGUUGGUGAAGAUUGCCAGAAUGAAAAAGGCAACAGAGCAAGAUUAA